UUUCCCCUGACUAACUUAGCCUGGACCUUCGCUUACCUAACACAACCUAGCUCCCGAGGUCGUGCAUCCUCUUCAUUGGCGACAUAUCUCAGGUACCGUCAAGUCCAUCCGCCACGCCAUGAACUCUGCUGGCUGUCAUCGUCGUCCUUGUUUAGGUACUUGGAUAUGCAUGGCCGAGUCCCGUGUUUCAUCUGGGCACGCCACCGCUGUGUCGAAUCCUUUCUCGUUUUGCCUUCCUUGUGCAUCCUGCCUACAGAUACCUCGCCUUCGUGUCCAACCACCUCGUCGAUGCAUCAGGCCUGCACUUCGUCUCGCAGCCAGGUUGUGUCGUAUCGUUGGCUCAACCCAACAAGUUCGUGCGUUGUCAUAUAAUCCGGGACCGCAGUACUGUAGGAGUCCGAAGACUCACAAGGUCAAGUCCGGUACGUCAAGGUUUUGGAACUUUGAGAUCCACCCAGUCAUGGAACUUGAUGUCUGGAGGAUCAUGGCAUCUCAAACCGCCGGUGGUCUUGUGCGUCCUGAUACUUUGGUGGUCCAUGGGCCUCACAGAUGGACCCAUCGCAGCCCUACUGUUAUCCAUUUCCCCCGCAGUCUCUUAUCGUGAGUGGCACAACGUCGUGUCUUGCCGAUAAAUACUCGUCAAACAUCCCUAGGACCCUAAUUCUUGGUUGAAGUGCUUUCUACGACUGCAAUGUAAAAGCCAGAUCCACAUCUCAUUGGUGUGUAUGGG